AGCAAAGAGAGGGCACCGGGUUGGCAAUGCUGAAAGCGUCUGUUUCAGUCUUGCCAGCAUGCUAGAAAGGAAUUACGGUAAAUUAGAAUUAGCAACCAGACUUUUAGGAGUUUUCUUCACGGAAUCAAAUCCCGCUUGCUAAAUCGGAACUCCCGUCCAUUUAGGGCAGAGGCAGAUUUUCUCCAAUUCAAAAAUGACAAGAAAGCCUUUGAAUGAAAAUGUUGCAGUUAUGAGUAGCACAGCUUACUAGGUACAGUAUGUGUGUGUUUCUGUGUAAUGAAAAACAUGGGAAGCUGUUGUGCAAUCAAAAAACAUCCGCUGCUCCUUGAGAAAAUAUUCAGCAACUGCAAAGACCUGGGGACAUUUUUUAAAUAAAUAAAUAAAAAGAGAUCAAGAUCACGUGAUCACCGAGUCAUUUCCGGGAAAGGAAAUUGAAAACUGGGAAGGCGGAACUUGAUUCGUGUGAGGGAGCCAUGGCUGCUUCUGGGGAUCUCAUCCAGCGUCUCCGUGAUGAAGCCACGUGCUGCAUCUGCCGGGAUUAUUUCAGGGAUCCAGUGACCAGCCCAGAGUGUGGGCACAACUACUGCCGAUCCUGCCUGGCCCAUUGCUGGGGGGAAUCGGAGGCAGAGGUUUCAUGCCCUCAAUGCAGAAAAACUGUGCAGAGAAGGACCCUCAUCCCCAACCGGCAACUGGCUAACAUGGUAGAAAUAGCCAAGAAGCUCAGCCUUCAAGUGCGGAGGGAAGAAAGAGGGGGGAAAGGGAGAAUGUGCGAAGAGGCCGAGGGAAAGGGAGAAGGAGGAGUCUGCGAGGAGCACAAGGAACCCCUGAAGCUCUUCUGCAAAGUCCACGAAGCCCCCAUCUGCCUGGUGUGUCGCAAAUCAAAGGAACAUAAAAAUCACAAGGUGAUUCCUCUGGAGGAGGCUUUCGAGGAAUACAAGGGAGAGAUCUGUCGCCGCCUGGAGAUUCUGAGGAAAGAGAGAGAGGAAAUUCUGGCCUUUCAAGCAGACCUGGACAAGGAAAGCAAAGACCUCCUUAAAUUAACAGAAAGGGAGAGGCUGAAGACUCUGGAGAAGUUCAAAGAACUGCACCAGUUCCUGAAAAAACAAGAAAAACAUCUGCUGAACCAUGUGGAAGAGGUGAAGAGGGAGAUUGCAGGGAGAAGGGAUAAGGAGCUGGCCAGACUCGCCAGGAAACUCACCUCCCUUGCGAGGAUCAUCCAGGAGAUGGAGGAAAAGGGUCAGCAGCCAGCGAGUGAACUCCUGCAGGAUAUGAGAAGAACCUUUCAGAGGUAUGAGAAAAGAGAGAGUCCAGAGAAGCCACUUGCUUUCCCUCCAGAACUGAGGAACAGGAUCUUGGAAUCCUGUGAUCUAAAUCACCUUGUGGAGGAUGCAAUUAAACAAUUGAAGGAUGCUCUGUUAUUCAGAAAACAGAUUCAGAAAGCAAAUGUCACUCUGGAUCCAGACACAGCCCAUCCCCAACUCAUCCUGUCCGAGGAUUGGAAAAGCGUAAGAUGGGGAGACGAGAAGCAAGACCUGCCCGACAAUCCUGAGAGAUUCUGCUACCAGCCUUUUGUGUUGGGACGUGAGGGAUUCACAGCAGGGAGACAUUUCUGGGAAGUCAAAGUGGAAAGUGGGGAAGGGUGGGGUGUGGGGGUUGCCAGGAAGUCUGUGAGGAGAAAGGGCUUCUUCUACUUCAGUCCUGAGGGAGGGAUCUGGGCUAUGGGGAUGUCUGGAGGCAGGUACUGGGCCCGCACUUCCCCUGGUUACUCUCCUCUGUCCCUGAAUGAGAAGCCCAGGAGGAUCCGGGUGACUCUGGACUAUGAAGGGGGACGGGUGUCUUUUUAUGAUGCUGACUCAGGAACCGAACUCUACACGUUCUCAGGAGCCUCGUUUUCUGGAGAGACCCUCCUCCCUUACUUUUAUCUGAGUGGAAAUGAAACUCCCCUCAGUAUCUCCUGAGGAGACUAAAUCUGCCUCUCAGGCCCAGUAGGGGUUUCUCUGCAGACCACAGUGACCGAUAUAAAAAAUACUGACCCACCAAGAGCAAGUUGGGCAGUUUUCCAAGGGUCAUUUGAGAGGAUUCAUUAGUCAAAAUCAGCAGAAAUAACAAAACAAAAUGGGUUGCUGUUGCUUUGCAUUUUCCUCCCUUUCCCCAAAAUUCCCUCUGCAGCUUCUUAAAUAGACAGUUACACUAUUAACAGUCCCAAUAAAUAAUCUUUUCCUCAAACGGGCUCCCCCAUGUUGGGCAAAGGUUUCCUGCAAUGCAGGAGGUGGGACUAGAUGACCCUCAACUCUGCAGUUCUAGGAAACCUUCCUCUCCCCACAAGACCUUCUGCAGCUGAAAAAUUCAUGCAUCAUUGGAUUAAUAGAUGACUAAAAUAUGAACCCCUUCACCCACAUUAGGCAGGAUAGCUCCUUGCUCUGGAGGCCUUAGAUGGGAAGAAAAUGAAAAGGAAUCUGAACAGGGCGUCAGCUUCAAAUGCCCUCUGCAAAUACAGGCUCACCAUCUCCACACAUUGUCAGAAAUAAACCUCAUUGCAUUGAGUGGGGCUUCUGCCCAGUUAUAUGUUACUUUUCUUUUAUUAAUUUUUAUUGAAACAUUUUAAAUCCAUAACAAUUAUCAACAUUGCAUUCAAAACCUCCCCCCCCCAUUUCCCCCAUU